UGCUCACAAUUGGCAUCCGAGCAGCAGCGGGCGGGCGGACGGAAGAGGUAGGCGCCCUGCCGUCCUUGCAGCCCAGACGGGGCAUAGCCCAAGCAAGCGACCAAGCAGGCACAGGAGCCGGUAACUGCUACGUGUAAGAGUGGACUUGAAAGUCCUAGGCUGGAUUCAAAUCCCACCUCCCGCCAGGCGCGGUGGUGCACGCCUAUAAUCCCAGCACUUGGGAGGCCGAGGCAGGAGGAUCGAAGCGAGUACAAGGCCAGCCUGGGCUACAUAGUGAGUUCAAGACAAGCCUGAACUGCAUAGUAAGACUCUGUCUCCAAAAAAAAUCCCACCUCCCCACUUUGAGAAACCGUGUUAACCUUCCAAGACCUCCAUUUCCCCAUUUGUAAAAUGGAUGCAUUCACAUCUUUCUGGCAGGUGUCCCUUCUGCACCUCAAGACUUACCACAUCGUCUCUACCCAGGUAUACAAUAUUAGUUUUUCUUUCUUAAUUUUUGGAAGCCCUGCUUACCACACAGCUGCACCGUGCCUCUGGAUUCUUUGAUGGAUGAAGGAAGUGAACUGAUCCAGCCCCAAGACCAGAGCUUCUGGGCCACUCUACCCGAUGUGUGCCUGCGCCGUAUUUUCUGGUGGCUGGGGGACAGAGAUAGAUCCAGGGCGGCCCUGGUCUGCAGAAAAUGGAACCAGAUGAUGUAUUCAGCCGAUCUGUGGCGAUACAGGACCAUCACUUUCAGUGGGAGACCUUCCAGGGUACACGCUUCAGAAUUCCAGUCAGCUCUUUGGUAUGUUAAGAAAUUUGGUCAUUAUUUAGAAUGUCUAGAGAUCAAAUUCCUGAAUCCUUACAAUGCUGUCUUGACCAAGAAGUUCCAGAUCACCAUGAGAGGUCUUCUCUCAUGCCUGGGCCGAAGUAACAACCGUCUGAAGUCACUUUCCAUCCAGGACCUGGAGCUAGAUCGCCUGGUUUGGAGGAACAGCAUCAAGAACUCACUCAUCAAAAGCUUGAGCUUCUUCUUGAAAAAAAUGGGCAAGUACCUGGACUCCCUCAGCCUGAAAGGGGCCAGGCUGACUGUGGAGCAGGGCUGCCAGAUACUGAACUCCCUGAGCUACCUACAGAAUGAGAGUGCCACCUCGGACCUUAACAUCGAAGAUUACUUCAGCCACCGCCUGACUGUCUACAGCAGCCCCCAGUUCAACAAGACCAUGGCCACAUUCCACAACCUGGCAACCCUGACACUCAACUACAACUGCAUUUCUGACGAGCUGCUCGAGAACUUGGCUGCUAACAAUGCCAGUACCCUCCGGACCAUGUAUAUCAAAUGUCACAUUUAUGACCCCCAUGGCCAAGUCAUCUGGGGCAUGUCCUGGGCCAAGCUGGCCAGGCAGGCCAGCAACCUGAAGGUGAACUUCUUCUUCGAGCGUGUCAUGAAAUAUGAGCGCUUGGUCCGCAUCCUCCUGCAGGAGAUCCCCAUCAGGAGCAUAAGCCUGAGAAGCUGCUAUUUCAGUGACCCUGACUGGUCCAUGCGGCCCACUCUGACAGACCUCCUGCCUACCUUCCGGCACACCCUGCAGAAAUUAACUUUUGAGUUCAACAACAACCAUGAGUCGCUUGAUGAAGAGCUGCACCUCCUCAUCCUCUCCUGCAGGAAGCUGUUUUACUUCAAAAUCUGGGCUUUCCUUGAUGUUAAGUUUGUGGAGCGGAUCCUGAAGAGCCAGGAGGAGGGGCAGUGUGCCCUGCGCACACUCAAGGUGAAAAUUUAUAUAAACAGAUAUGAGACUAAUGAAGAGGACAGGACCUUGCAGGAAAUUCACAGAAAGUACAGAGAUCUGAUCGAUUCGGGGAUUAACUACUUUGUCAUCACUUACCCCAUGAUGUAAAGAGCCUCUUCAGAAGAAGGAAGCUAGGAGCACUUUGAACUUGAAAAUCCACUUCUCGGAGAACUACACUAGGGGCACCUCCACCGCAUCCCUUUUUCUUCAUUCUCUUUUUUGCCCAUUUUAUACCAACAUGAACAGCUGGGCAAAGGCUGGGACUACGGUUAUGUGAAGGCCCCCGAUGACUUUAAAGUGCUAUCUUUACCAUCUAUCUAGGGGUGAUUUCUCCUUUUGUUGUUUGGUUUUGCUUUUCUGAUGCCCAUGUUUAGCCACUGAACAAAAUACCCAAAGCUGCUCAAUAUAGUUUCCUAUUAGGGGAGCCUGACUCUUGGU